AGCGAAGACGGUAGUUCGGAGACUCGGACUCCGACCACCCUCCACACGGCCACUGUCAGAAACGGUCUGUCUCUCUCUCUGUCUCUCUCUCAUGGCAUUUUUAUCGUCUUCCUCAAAGACCGGUCAUAGUUAUCUAAGGAAAAGAAGAAAAUGGCCACUCUCUCCUUACAAAGCCAAAUGGCACCAAAUCUUUAGCCAACAACAAGCCAUGUACGCUCUCAAGAAAGCUGCACGAAGUCCACAGCAAAAUGAAGAAGACGGCGACGAUGAUUAUGGAAAUUCCGGCAAGCCCAAUCUUCUCUCCACUCUCGCAGACUCCUUCAGCAUCUACAACUGCGAUCCCACCCCAAGCGCCUACCACUUUGUCAUCAAAACCCUCACUAAAACCUCCCAGUUCCACCAGCUCCCUCAAAUUCUUGAUCGCCUCGAAUUCGUCGAGAAAUUCGAAACCCCAGAACGCAUUUUCAUCGACCUCAUCGAAAUCUAUGGCGAUGCUGGCAGAAUUCAAGAAGCCUUUGAUCUCUUCUUCAGAAUCCCCAGCUUCAGGUGCGUCCCUUCCGUGCAUUCUCUCAAUGCUCUGCUGUCGAUUCUCAGUGGAAACGGCGAAUUUCGCGGACUUGUACCACAUAUCUUGUUGAAGAGUCGGCUUAUGAACAUUCGGAUUGAGGAAUCCACUUUUCGUAUAUUAAUUGCCACUCUCUGUAGAAUUAGAAGGCAUAGUUUCGCAAUUCAGUUAUUAGGCUAUAUGUUAAGUUAUGGGUACAGUUUAGAUGUAAGAAUUUGCUCUUUGAUACUGUCAUCGCUGUGUCAGCUCAAGGAUUUAUCUAGUGCAGAGGCUAUGCGUUUCUUGGAUCAAGCGAGGGCAAUAGGGUUUAUCCCUGGCAGGGUGGAUUACUGCAAUGUGAUUAGGUCUUUGGUGAAGAAGGGGAGAGGUACGGAUGCCUCGGAUGUGUUGAAUCAGAUGAAAAUAGAUGGAAUGAAGCCUGACAUUGUUUGUUAUACAAUGGUUCUGAGUGGGAUUAUUGGAGAAGGGGAGCAUCUGAAAGCAGAAGAGCUGUUCGAUGAAAUUCUUGUGUUGGGUUUGGUUCCUGAUAUUUACACCUACAAUGUUUUUAUUAAUGGGCUUUGUAAGCAGAAUAAUGUGCAAGCAGCUUUUAAGAUGCUUGGUUCAAUGGAGGAGUUGGGGUGUAAACCUAAUUUGAUUACUUAUAAUAUGUUAUUAGAAGCAUUGUGUGAAGUCGGGGAAUUAAGUUGGGCAAGGAAUCUAGUGAGGGAGAUGGGGUUAAAGGGUGUACGGAAAAACUCACAUACAUAUAGAAUACUGGUUGGUGGUUUAGUCAGCAAAGGUGAAAUUUUUGAAGCUUGUGCUUUUUUGGAGGAAAUGUUGGAUAAGUGUUGGGUUCCAAAGUCUUCCAUGGUUGAUGAUAUAAUCUGUGGUUUGUGUGAAAAUCAUUUGGCUUGUAAAGCAAUUGAUUUGCUCGAAACAGUGGUUGGUAGAAAUGCAGUUCCUGGGGCUAGGGCAUGGGAAUCACUCCUUGUUGACUCCACAUUCCAACUGGCAUCUGCAGAGACCUUGUUGACUAAUUUGAUAAACUCAAUGCAAACUCUGCCAAUUACAUUGGCAGAACAUUAACUUCUGCAGCAAAUCUUGCUUACCGUUGCAUAUGAUAUUGAUGACUAGACAACUGUAUAUUUGGUGCUAUACUGGAUAUCACCUUGAACCUUCAUCCUCACCCAUUCCUUUCUCUCAAAAUUUUGCUGGCCUGUAGUCCGUAGUAUGUCAUUUACAUGUGGACAGUGAGGUGAUAGAUGGCUUGCCAUAGUUUAUACCUAAUACAAUGUUCAGUUUUCAUGAAAAAACAUCCAUGUGAUAAUAUUGUACAAAAAGACGUAUUUUCACUUGGCAUUGUGCUCUAUAAUUUCACACAUCUUUUGUACUUUUUUGUUGAAUUGUAAAAUCAUUUCUAGCAUUCAAAGUCCAACAUAGGGACCGUGCUAUUC